AACUUACAUCACGCAUGUCGCUUUGGCCUAACAACAAAAUAAAUAUGGCGGAGUCAAGCGAAAGCGAGCUAGAAGAAAGCCUUUACACCACGCAAAACCCUAACAAACCCGUAGAAAAGACAGAGAGGGAUCUGCAGAUGAUAUUCAAAAAGCUAAGAGUCAAUUAUUCACCGAAGCGCUUAAAAGAAAAGGUCAAAAUGAGACGUCUCCAAAGUGGUAAACUAACUUCAAGGCAAUGUAGAACACCCAGAAGAAUAAUCAAGACUCCUACCUUUGUUUACAAAAGUGGUACUAUCAGGCAUGGCAAACUCUUUAAGUCAACAGCAAACUCUGAUUCGGCAGAGAGCAAUGAAGUUGUUCCUUUCUCAAAAAUGCAAGAUUUGAGUAUGUCAAAAUCUUGUUAUGGACCCAAGAAGGCUGAACCUAGCCGUGUGGUUAAGAGUUGCAGUGGGCAGUUCAGGAGGGCACAGUGCACCAAGGUACCCCAACACGGAGAGGUGAACUUUGAUGACACUACUCCUGAAGAACUGGCUGCCUACUUUGAACAAUUGUUGCACAUCCCAAAACCCAUGUCUGCAAUGGCUGAGAUGAUGUAUACAUAGUACUUGAUGGUCUACAACUAGUUGUAGUAGACAAGAUAGGUUGUAAGGUAAUUUGCUAUUUCUAAAUGCUGGUUUCCAUAUGGCUGUUAUGAACAAUGCUGGUGACUGAUUGCUCACCAAACUCCGAACAACAACCUUACGUUUAUGAAUUUAUGCAGAAGGAUGAUUUAAUCAAUGAUAUGGAAACCUUAAAGUUGAUUUUCGAGUGUUAGUGAAGCAAGCAUAACUAUUUUUCCUCCUCUCUGGAUGAUAACUCUUGCUUGAGAUGGGGAGGAGUAUAAUAGUGCAACACAUGUAGCCUGUGGCACCUCAAGGGUUUAUUCUGGUCACUUUUUUGUUAAUAAUGAUUUUAUUCAGCAAGAAAGUCAGCAGAGAUGUUCCACAGGGGUGAAAAAAUAUAGAAAGUCUUUAAAAAUAUCACCCCACAAACUUGACUUAAGUUUUGUUGGAGCUUAAAAAUGAUACAGUAAGUUCUGCUUUUGCAUUUUUAUUUCUGUGGACCCUAUAAGAAUUUUAAUUCAAUAUGUUUUUUUUAUUCCUGGAUGCAUUCCAAAUGCUUCUAUUUUCUAAGGCCUAUUUACAAUUAAUUGACUUAAAUAGUACCAAACAAAAGUGACAAACAUGUUUCACACAAAAAAAAUCGAAGAAUAGAUAAUAAAUUAUAUCUCACAUAUAAUUCGCUAUUUAUUUGCAAGUUUGAGUGUGUCGGGUAGAGUUUAUAAAGCGUUAUGUUUAUAAAAAGAAUUAAAAAGCUAAAACAGUA